AUGAUCCAUGCGGCUGCUCCCCAUUUUUUGUGGCCGUUUGCGGUCCGGUACGCUGCACAUCAGCUCAACCUCUGGCCCCGUGUCUCCUUGCCGGAGACCUCGCCUACACUGCGUUGGACGGGGGAGGUUGGCGAUGCGUCGGUGUUUCGGGUCUGGGGCUCUCGUGCCUUUGUCCGUGAUAUUACCCCGGACAAGCUAGCCUCUCGCGCCAUUCCCUAUCCUCUCGAGGUCACUUCCGACACCUCUGGCCCAGCUGAGGGGGGUGACGUUGCUGCUGACGACGCGGCGGCCCCCCGCCACUCGCCCCGCUUGGAGACGCCUCCGGGUUUUCCGCCUCGACCGACUUCCCCGCCUCUGCAUCCGGUUGUUGUCGACUCCGGUGCUGGUGGGGGUGGUGUUGCUAGGGGUGCGGAGCCUGGGGGUGCUGAGUCUGAGGGUGCGGAGCCUGGGGGUGCUGAGCCUGAGCAUGCGGAGCCUGGGGGUGCUAAGCAUGGGAGUGUGGAGCCUAGGGGUGCGGAGCCUGAGGCCGGCGGGAGCCUCUCUCACCACCGCGGCUGCGCGAGUGGUUUGCUCGGCGCACCCGCCUUCGGAGUCGCGCUGCUGGAGCUCGAGACACUGCCGCUGGAGGCGCUGGAGCUGGAGGUCCUGGAGCUGCUGUUGCUUCUGGAGCUGGAGGUACUGGAGGUACUGGUCCUGGAGGUAUUGGUGCUGGAGGUUCUCCGGGUGCCUCGCCGCAGCGGUCUAGCCGACGCGAGUCUUUCUCACCACCGCAGCUGCGCUAGUGGUUUGCUCGGUGCACCCGCCUUCGGAGUAGCGCCGCUAGAGCUGGAGCCGCUGGAGCUGGAGGCGCUGGAGUUUGGAGCCGCUGGAGCUAGAGGUGCUGCUACUGGAGGCACUGCCGCUGGAGGCACUCGAGCUGGAGGCGCUGGAUCUGGAGGCGCUGCAGCUGGAGGCGCUAGAGCUGGAGGUACAAGAGCUGCUGGUACUAGAGGUGCUGGUGCUGGAGGUGUUGGUGCUACUGGAGCUGGGGGUGCUCGUGUUGCUGGAGCUGGAGUUUCUUAG